UGAUCUUCCCUAAACACCGAUUUCGUGAACCGUACCAUUGAUUCGGGUCAAAACCACCAUGCCCUAAUCGUGUCUGAAAUCGGAACUACAACUACUCCUUCUUCUCCGUUUUCAUGAUUUUUCACUGAUAACACAAUCUCACAUGGCUUCGUUAUUCAAGGAUCCGGCGAAGCUCUCGGCGUACCGAGAUAGAAGGUUCCCUGGAAAUCAAGAAGAGUUUGAGCAUGCUCUGAUAACUUCAUCAACCGUUUAUGUUGGGAACAUGUCGUUUUACACUACCGAAGAGCAAAUUUAUGAACUUUUUUCUCGAGCUGGUGAAAUUAAGAAGAUCAUCAUGGGUUUGGAUAAGAACACUAAAACUCCUUGCGGUUUUUGCUUCGUUUUAUAUUACUCUCGUGAAGAUACUGAGGAUGCUUGCAAGUAUAUAAGUGGGACGAUACUGGAUGAUCGCCCUAUUCGUGUUGAUUUUGACUGGGGAUUCCAGGAAGGAAGACAAUGGGGUCGUGGUCGUAGUGGUGGCCAGGUGCGUGAUGAAUAUCGUACUGAUUAUGAUCCAGGUAGGGGUGGAUAUGGGAAGUUGGUUCAGAAAGAGUUAGAAGUACAAAGGCAGCUUGUAGAUUACGGCACUGGUUCUUUGGGAUCUUUUCCGCCAGUUAUUCCUUCUUAUGGUAGACACGGUGGUGGUCAUGGUCACGGUGGUGGCCAUGGUCAUGGUGGUGGUCAUCGGCAUGGUAGAGAUUACCCUAGGAAGAGAUACAGAGACGAUGACCGCCGCACAUACGAGCCCUCAAAAAGAACAUCAGACCAUGAAUCUCGGAGGAACUCUGACCAAGAAUCUAGACCGGAAAAAAAUCCACGAUUUCGAGAGAGUGGUGAUUCUGAUGAUGAGGAGGAAGAUGAUAGAAAAAGACGGGGUUAACCAGAAUAUCAUACAUAAUCAAGCUGAUAUGCUUUGAAAGUUUUCUUCUACUAUGGUGAAAAGUGGCAAAAUGUGUAUUGUACAUCAUUGCAAAUUGCAAAUAUCUUAGUAUCAGGUUAACCCUGUGAAAUUCUUGGCUACAUGUGCUGCAUAUGGUAGUGCCAAGUUGUGUCUUUUAUUUUUCAUAAUUAGAAUUAGUUAACUAUCUGGAUCUUAUGUACAAGAAAUCGGCUUAUUAGGUAAAUGACAUGACUUUGAUCCUGUUUGAUUAA